AUGGCAGACGGUGGUUACGGUAUCACUUGGGAUAAUGGCUCGCGGCAGCCCAUGUUCGUGAUUACGACUGGUAUUCUACUCUUCUUCGCGACGAUAGCGGUAGCGUCCAGGCUUUAUUGUCGCCUCACUUUCAUACGGCAUGUAGGACUUGAUGAUAAAUUCAUGAUAGCUGCGUGGCUAGUAUCUGUUUCUCUCGGUAUCCAAAAUGGAUUUCUUGUUAGCUGGGGCACUGGGUAUGCGUAUCAGCUCGUGUACCCAUGGGCAUUGUUUUUCGUCAAAGCCAGCAUCUUGGCCCUCUACCAUCGAAUCUUCACCCAAACCAAGUUUCGCUAUACCGUGUACGGUGUAGCCGCAUUCGUCACUAUUCAGACCAUCGUGGUCACGUUCGUCAACGCCUUCGAGUGCGGAAAAGAGCCAUGGAGAGCAUGGUCCCCCACCUUCCCGAAAGGAUGUAAUGACCUGCCUACGACAUACUUUGCGAUGGCUUCCGUGAACAUCCUCACCGAUAUCUUCAUCUUGGUUAUGCCGAUGCGCGCUUUUGGACAGCUGAAACUUCAACGGACCAAGCGAUUUGCGCUCCUCGGUGUGUUCAUGGUCGGUGGCGUAGCAGUGAUCGCCUCUAUCGUUCGACUGUACGCUCUUUACGUGUACGCUGUGACUGAUGAUCCACCGUAUGAUGAUGUGUUCAUCCUCUUACUCUCUCAGAUCGAAGUCAACGCAGCCAUCAUAUCUGCUUCCGCCCCAGCGCUUCGACCUCUUCUUACUAAGGCAUUCACAUCCUUAUCCCACGGCUCAUCCGGCCAGUACCCAGUUUCCUACGGGACUGGUGGGCCGAACUCAAAGAUGCUGAGCCGUACCGCUCGAACACGUUCAAGGGGACAUAUGGAGCUGUACUCGUUCAAUGGAACCAAAAGAACUAGCAAGAUCCCAGCAGGAGGUACUCGCAAUACAAGUGAAGAAUCCAUACUCGGCGCCGAAGGCAUCACAAAGACGGUAGAAACAAGGAUCGAGGAAGACUACAUGAGAGAUUCUGUACAUGGAAGGCACGGGGAACCUCAAGGAUAUGAUGGUGUGAGGCAUAGCAAUGUAUAG